AUAUCAUUAACAAAUAGCCUCUUUCAAAUCACGUAUUCCAUAUUUUAACUUGACAUAUAUUUCAAUACUACUGUCAUGCAUUAAAAUUCUAAAAACUUGUGAAUACAAAUUGUUGAAAUCUGAUCAGUUAAAGCCAUUUCACUUGAACAAUAACACUACCUUGAAUGAAACUGUGAAUCUAUACGUAUUUAGGAAUACAAUUUUGUAUAUAACACACAAUCUGUAUAUACUCACUACAAUAAAUGUCUGAGACAAACGGUAUUUUUCACAAAGCAUGUUCUAUUUCAAAACGAUUAGAUGGAAAAUUGGUUAUUGUCACUGGAUCAAAUACUGGGAUUGGGUUAGCUACAGCUGGAGAAUUAGCUCGUCGUGGUGCACAAGUCAUCAUGGCAUGUCGGAAUUUACGAAAAGCGGAAGAUGCCAAAAAGCGUUUAUUGGAGAGAUAUGGUGUUGAUAAUCCACAGAGUGUGAACAUUGAUGUAGCAUGUAGAGAGGUGAUCCCAUCAUUGAGUCCAAUCAAUAGUGAUCAAUUGAUCAUUGAACAACUUGAUCUGGCUUCACUACAAUCGAUCAAAGAUUUCGCUAGCCGAAUCAUCAACACUUAUGCACAACUUCAUUUUCUCAUUAACAAUGCUGGUCUUGCAGUGAGUAAAUAUGAGAAAACAGUUGAUGGUUUUGAAAUGACAAUGGGUGUAAAUCAUUUUGGACAUUUUCUCUUGACAGAAUUAUUAUUACCUUUGAUAAAACGUUCAACUCCUGCAAGAAUUAUUAAUGUAUCAUCAAGGGUACAUGUUAGAGGUUGUUUAAUCAAACCAGAUUUACAAAUUCAACCGAAAGAGUAUAGUGAAUUGAAUGCUUAUUGUAAUUCCAAAUUAGCCAAUGUUAUGCAUGCUGUAGAAUUAAGUGAGCGAUUACAUGACAGCGGAGUUAUUGCAGUUAGUUUACAUCCUGGAGUAGUUAAAACUGAAUUUUAUCGAGAUGUGAAUGGAUUUGCAUUGAAAUAUUUGGUAAAACUAGUUAAACCGCUAUUCAUUGGACCAUGGCAAGGAGCACAAACUACAAUCUAUACAAUAUUAUCUGACAACAUCAUCCCAGGUGGUUAUUAUUCAAAUUGUACAUUGAAAGAACCAUUGGCAAUUGUCAAGAAUAAAGAUGAAAGAAAAUGGUUAUGGGAUAAGACAUGUGAAUUAUUAAGAAUUGAAAAUGUCACAUAGAUAAUUGUAACUUUUGCAGAAGAAGAAGACAGAAGAGAAAAACAGAGAAUCAAGAGUUUAUUAUUUCACAUUUUGAAAUCACAAUGUAUUUGUUUCCGUUUUCUUCGGAUUGAUAAUUGAAAAUUGCAUGUGAUUUUUCAAAACUGGUCAUUCAUCAAACAUGAAUGCAUACGUAUAUCCUCGGCCUCUCUUCCUCCGUUUUUCUGUCCCACAGUAAGUUGUUGCCGUUGGUAUCAGACUGGCGGAUCCGAAAUACCUUGCGUAGAUAAAUGUAAAAAAAAUUGUACGCUCCGGCUGGUGUCGAG